UGUGUUACUAGUUUCUCUCCAAUAUAUAAAACAAAUAAAAACCAUAUAUUAGUAUAACAAACACAAAGCACGAUACCCCAAAUCUCAAAAACUUCGCCGCUUCUCUUCUUUUCUUUUCUCUUCUUUCUUUUAUUCCACGUUUGCAUAUCCUCUGCAUCUAUACACAUUUAUUUCGAUAUUUUAUUGUCUUGUUCCUUCGAAUAACUCGUCAACUUGACCUUAUUAACACAUACUAAACGAGACCAAAGCUCUCUGCGUAACUCAUUGUAGUAUCAUCAUCAUCAAUGGAGAAGGAAGACUUGUACGCUGUUAUGGAUUUGAACAAGGAAUGUUCACAAGGAGAUGUCAGACUUUCUUACAAGAACCUUGCUCUGAAAUGGCAUCCAGAUCGGUUUAGUGAAGAAAAUGAGAGAGACGAAGCCAAUACGAAAUUUCAAUCCAUUCAACGAGCCUAUUCUGUUUUGUCGGAUUCGAACAAGAGGAUGUUGUAUGACAUCGGAGCAUACGACAGUGAUGAUGACGGCGACGAAACUGGAAUGGCUGAUUUCAUAAAUGAGAUGGUGACUCUGAUGGCUCAAACUCAAUCUACGGGAGACGAAACCUUAGAAGAAUUUGAAAAGUUGUUUCAAGAACUGUUGAUGGACGAUGUGAAUCAAUUGAAAACUCCUCCAUCUUCAUUUCCGUAUACACCAUUUAAUGGCACGGUCUAUGGCGAUGAUUUGUCAAAUGAUGAUAUACCGAACAAAGUUAACCUUGACAGUUAUUAAUGCUGUAUAAGUUCUGGUGAGGUGAGUGGUCCAUCGACGAGUUCCCGGGUUGGCAAUAGAAGAUCUACGAACUACUAGAGCUUACUUUCUUUCUCUUCCUUUUUUUUUUAGAAUUUCACUAAAUUAAAUUUUCGUCGUCGUGGUACUGUAAAAUAUGAUAUGUAAAUUUUUUUUUUUUUUUUUAAUAUACAAUAUGUCUAAUCUUCUACGUCGUUUGAAUAUUGAAUCUCAAUUUUCAACUCGUA